AUGAGCAGUUCCUCGUCUUCUGUUCCCAUCCAGGCUGCUGGCGGUCCCGGAUCCGUCGCGCCCACGCCGCAAAACACACCGCUGACUACGGCCCCGCUCGUCACAGCGCUCUCAAAGCCAACAGUGCCCACGAUUGGUGAGGAAGAUGGCGAUGGAGAGCCAGGACCACCAGAUACUCCUCCCACGGGCGCUGCAGCAGGCGGGCCACUCGCAGGACUUGGUCCAAAGGGCCACAACGCCAUCCUGGGACUCGUUCAGCAGCGACUAAACGGUCUCAUGGGCCAAAGCAGUGGAUACAUCGAGGGUUUACCGUCUGCCACCAAGAAGCGCGUCCUUGCGCUCAAGGGCGUCCAGAGCGACUACGAAAAGCUCCUUCUCCAGUACAAAAAGGAAACACUCGAGUUGGAGAAAAAGUAUGCCGCCUUGUACCAACCCCUCUUCGAUCGCAGAUUAGAGAUCAUCCAAGCAAGGGCCCUUCCAACCGCCGAAGAACUCCAAAAAGGUCACGAUCAGGAAGUAAAGGACAAGGAAGACCUCUCCGACGAUGAGGACGAGGAUGAAGAGGAAAAGGACGAUGAUUCGGAUUCCUUUUUGCCCUCGGAUCCCAUCGUCGAAGGCGAAGAAGGCGCAAAGGACGGCAUUCCCCAAUUCUGGCUCACCACGCUCCGAAACCAUCCUGGUCUCAGCGAUCUCAUCACAGAACGAGACGAACAAGCACUCGCUCAUCUUACCGACGUCAAGAUUGAGCAUCUCGGUCUUGGCGACAAGGAUGCUUCAGGCAAGAUGGGCUUCAAGCUCAUCUUUGAAUUUGCGCCCAACGAAUUCUUUGAAGAGAAGACGCUCACAAAGACGUACUAUUACCUGGACGAACUCAGCUACGAGGGCGAUUUCGUCUAUGACCAUGCCGAGGGAACGCCAAUCACCUGGAAACAGGACAAAGAUCUCACAAAGGAAGUCGAAAUUAAGAGGCAGCGGAACAGGCACACCAACAAGACGCGCGUCGUUAAAAAGGCCCGCAGCGUUCCCUCCUUUUUCGACUUUUUCACUCCACCCCAAAACCCGACAGAUGAGCAGCUCGAAAACAUGGAGUUUCGACCCGAAGAGCUCGACGAACUCGAGGCCAAGCUCGAACUAGACUAUCAAAUCGGUGAAGAUCUCAAGGACAAGGUCAUUCCGCGUGCCAUCGACUACUUUACGGGCAAGGCUCUCCGGUACGAGAUGGACGACGACGAUUAUUCGGAUGAAGACUUUGACGAGGACGACCUCGAGGGAGACGACGACGAUGAUGAAGACGAUGAAGACGAUGACGAUGAUGUUCCCAAGCGCAAGGCCAAGGCGGUGGCGCCAAAGGCUGGCAAAAAGGCGUCGGGAGACCAAGAGUGCAAGCAGCAGUAG